AUGGACAUAGGGCUCGGUGGGGGUUUUGAUGGUGACGACUUUGAUGAUGUGGAGGAGGAUGAAGGGCUAGGUGACUUGGAGAAUGCCGAGGAGGAGGGCCAGGAGAACGUCGAGAUCCUCCCCUCUGGAGAGCGACCACAGGCCAACCAGAAGCGAAUCACCACACCGUAUAUGACCAAGUAUGAGCGAGCCCGUGUGCUGGGCACCCGAGCCCUCCAGAUCGCGAUGUGUGCCCCUGUGAUGGUGGAGCUGGAGGGGGAGACAGAUCCCUUGCUCAUCGCCAUGAAAGAGCUCAAGGCCCGAAAGAUCCCCAUCAUCAUUCGCCGCUACCUGCCAGACGGGAGCUAUGAAGACUGGGGGGUAGACGAGCUCAUCAUCACCGACUGAGCUGGAAUCAUCUUCCUGGCUGUGCCUCAUCCUAGUUUCUAUUUUCACAUUCUUUAUACAUGUAAAUAAUAAACCUUUCAACCU